CAUAAAAUUUACAUCACGUGCCUCGCACGUGCGUUCUAGUAUACCCAUUUUUUGAGUACCAAAAUUUCGAUGUUAGAGAAGAGAAAUGACCGACCAAACUUCUCCAUCGUGUGGUUCUGUGAUUAUGGGAUUGAUCAUGGAAACCAAGGGGAAGGAGCAGUUUGUGGAUGUCCAUUAUGUCAAUACUGCUGUUCCUUGUGUUGUGGAGGAGUAUUAUGUGGGUUUUCCAGAUUCUCAUGAAGAUCAGGAAAGUGUGUACCAAACAGCUAGAGCUUCUUCCAGUGCUGGUUCUAGAUCAGAUUUUGUUAGGGAUCAAAGUACGAAUCGUGGAAAUUCAUUGAGAACUGCAAGUGUUGUUCGGUCACAGCUAACCAUAGAUGAGGCUUUAGCGAGAGAAUUGCAAGAGCUAGAAGUUGCAGAAGUUGAUAUAACCUCCAAAAGUUCUACCAAAUCGAGUGGUGGACAAUAUACCUCAAACACAUCAGAUCAGGUUGUGAGACAAGAUGAUGUUGACCCAGACAAUAUGACUUAUGAGGAAUUGCAAUCGCUUGGUGAAGCCAUAGGUGCUGAAACCAAAGGACUGUCUGAUGAGCUGAUAUCAUUCUUGCCGACUUCUACUUACAAAACUGGACUCUUCUCACGGAAAAACAAAGAAGAUAAAUGUGUGAUAUGUCAUGAUUCCUACAAGAACAGGGUUAAAUUGAUUCAUCUGCCCUGCCAGCAUUAUUUCCAUUCCAAGUGUGUUGCCCAUUGGUUAAAGAUCAAUAAGGCAUGCCCGAUAUGUAAAGAGGAAGUAUUCGGUUCUUAGCAAAUGACAAGCCAAGCUUCGAUAGAGUUUGAGAAAUCGAAAGAUGUACAACAAUCCAAAUAUCUGCCACAAACUUCACUUCUUUGUAAGAUAUGCCCAGUUUUCCAAAGUUCUGAACAUUUUGCCAUCAUGUUGUUUCUUGACAUUUUGUUAACAUUAUCGAUGAAUAAUUUGAAUCCAGAGAAGCAUGUUCACAUUCA